AUCUAAAAGAAAAUCUCUAAACAGUUCCUACAUUCAAAUUUCUCUCCGGCCAACUCCCUCAAAAAAUAUUCCUAAAUUGCUCUUUUGAUCCUGGCGGUUCGAUCAGCAUGUACAAGAGAAAGAGGAUUUUCGCCUCUGUUGCCCGUCAGCCAGUCCAUGGGCUGGACCGGUCUAACAGUACUCUCUUGCUAAAUAUUUCCAGUGAUACAAGAUAAUGAUUCUUGAAUUAUAAAACAAUUCAUUGCAAAGAACAACUAUUUAUUAAUGUCUUGAUCUUGGUCCUGCAAAAUAUAAAAGGUAUGUUUAGAAAUUUAAUGACAAUAUCUAUUACAUUAAAUUUAGUGCAGGAUAUGUUCAACCACAUUUUUUUCACGUGGGGUCUAUCACUGCAAAUUCGACCUUAUUGGUCAGUAAACCAUUAAUUUAAGCUUCCAUCCAUCUUUAUAAAUACCAAAUGAUAAUAGUUAUUCUCCUUCAUCCUAAGAUCCUAUCUAUCUUCUAUCAUUCAAAACUCAAGCUUCAACAAGAAAGCAAACAUGUGUUCUUCCCAGUUAAUCUCCUUCGGAGUUCGCUCUUCUCCUCAUCUGCUGAAGAGAUUCUUAAAGAAGGCAAAGCUUACACGCUUCCUCAAUUCAAAGGCAGCUUCUUCGAUGACGAGAAGGUCAAUGAAGAGAAGCCAAAGCUUGAAGGGAGAGAAGAUGAAGAUGAUGAACUUGAAGCUUUACUUGAAGAACAAAUGCAUCAUGGAGGAGAAUAUGAUGCUUAGAAAGAAAGCUCUUCUGCUCAGCCAAGAGAACAAAGCCCUUCUUUCGUAUCUCCAAGCAUCCAAUAAAUCCAAUGGCAAAUUUCUUUGAGCUUAUAACAUGUUUGUAAUGCAAAGCUUGUGUUUUUGAGCAUUAGUAAUUGUAACUGUUUAAUUUCCUUAUGAAAUAUGCUAUCAGGAUAAAGAAAUAAUUGUAAAAACAAGAGUUUUUUUACAUGUGCUGAUUCAUUAAUUGAAGUCAG